UCUUCUAUCGACAAUAGAACUGGAACAAAAGUAGCCAUCAAGAAGCUGUAUCGUCCUUUUCAGUCUGAGCUCUUUGCAAAACGGGCAUAUAGGGAACUGAGACUUUUGAAGCACAUGCAACAUGAGAAUGUAAUUGGGCUGCUGGAUGUGUUCACACCCGACUUGACGCUGGAGAAAUUCAAUGACUUUUAUCUAGUUAUGCCUUUUAUGGGCACAGACUUGGGUAAGAUAAUGAAGCAUGAGAAAUUAUCAGAAGAUCGAAUCCAGUUUCUUGUAUACCAGAUCCUGAGAGGUCUUAAGGUUGGUAUGUUUCCAGUCUAGAAAGAGUGAGUCCUUGAAAAAUCUUGUUUAGGGUUGUAUCAACUGAGGAAUGGAUAAAAACUGUAUGUUGCUCUACAUAUAUGCACUGUUUUUUGUAAUGUAUAUGACUGGAGGGAAUAAGAUGAUGGCAUCGGUGUUAAUUGUGACGUCAA